CGGGAUGCAGUCAGGCGCAUUGAUCCUGUCGGGCCUGUUGCUGUUCGUCGCCUGUUGCCAGACAGUCACCGCACAGUUUAACACCUGUUCCGGUGGUGAAAUGUGCAUAAAUAUUCGCGACUGUGAGCGAUUUAGUCCGCACCAUAAUGAGCCAGCCAAGUGGUCGGCAAGCUUAAGGGACGAAUUUCGCCGGCGAGUCUGUCAGCGUGAGAAAAGCAACGGCAUAAGUAUUUUCAAGGUAUGUUGUGCCGCACCGGCUGUCCAAGCGGAUGAGGGUACACGUAAGCGUGGUUUGGAUUUGUUGGACCUAGAGCACUGUGGGUCGUACACGGACGAUAAGAUAUCGUUCGGGCAGGACGCUAAGCUGUUCCAGUUUCCGUGGAUGGCAUUGCUAAGAGGUAAAUUUGGAAGCUUUUUCUGUGGCGGAACUUUGAUCAACGAUCGUUACGUACUAACGGCGGCCCACUGUAUCGUGAACAACGAUGUUACCUUAGUACGUCUUGGUGAGUACGAUCUCAAUAGUACGAUCGAUUGUGAUAAGCAUGGUGAGUGUGCUAUGGCUCCGCAAGACAUUCCAGUGGAGCGCACCUUUAGCCACGAGGACUACAGCGGUCGAUUCAAGAUGAACGAUAUUGGACUCAUCCGUCUGACUCGCCGAGCAGCUCUGAACGAUAAUGUACUUCCAAUUUGUCUCCCGGUAUCUCCCGCCCUACUUACCAAGCAGACAAUCUUCUUCGUGGUUGGUUGGGGUCAAACACAGAACGCCCUGUUUUCUAACAAGCUACAGUACACCAAACUAAACCUGGUGCAGAACGAUGAGUGCCAGAAGCAGCUGCGGCAGAAGGAUAAGUUUGUGCGCAUCUUCGACACGCAGAUGUGUGCGAUCGGUGACGAUCUGUCCGACAACUGUUCCGGCGAUUCGGGCGGACCGCUAAAGUCGAUCAGUAUUCAACACUCGCGCUACGUCCAGUACGGUGUGGUGUCGUUUGGUUUGCGAACCUGUGGCAAGCAAAGUGCGCCGGGUGUGUACACGAAGGUGGAAAACUAUAUCGAUUGGAUCUUGAGCCGAAUGGAGGAGUGA